CACAUUGGUCGGCGCCACCAAGCAUCCAACGAGCAUUACGUCCCUUACCCGAACUUUCUCGGCUUGGUGGAUCGCGCAUGAAUUCUUGAAAUUGGACGGCACGCGCGAUAGCAUCGACUUUAACAUAUCGAUUCGAGCAUCCACUCUCAAUCCAUCCCGUCCAAGGGCCUUCACCACAUCUUCGUGCUUCGUGCUUCCUUCAUCGAUUGCACUUCUUGACCUCGAAGGCAUCCGAGCCACACCCACUGGACCACAAGCCAGCGCCGGCUCCCUUUGUGUGCUCUGCCUUGGGUUGCGUUGCCUUGCGCUGCAGACUGGCUGUUCGACUUUACCCUUCCACUCGAGAGCUUCUACUGCUCGCCUCUCAAAAGCCUCGGCAAGUACUCGCCAGAAAAUAGGCCUACGGGUGUGCUGUCUCAGCUUCCACGAACAAACCCGAUCACGUCUUGACCAUCUGGCGUAUACUUUGUUGAGUUUGACCCAUCACCAUGGCGUCCCUGGGAGACGAUCUUCUCGGCACUGUCAACAAGCUGCAAGACUUGGUCUUCAACACCAUCGGCAGUGACUCUCUUGAUCUUCCUCAGAUUGUUGUUGUCGGUUCGCAGUCGGCCGGAAAAUCCUCCGUUCUCGAAAACAUUGUCGGCCGUGAUUUUUUACCCCGCGGAAGUGGUAUCGUGACCAGACGGCCCCUGAUCCUGCAACUGAUCAACGUACCCGAAGAUGAGGAUGCCGCCGACCCUUUGUCGGACCCUUACCGGUCUCCCGACAUUGCCAGACGUUCCGAAUGGGCCGAGUUCCACCACAUUCCGAACCGUCGCUUCAAUGACUUCUCCGACGUGAAGCGCGAGAUCGAGAACGAGACCUCGCGCGUGGCGGGCAAUAAUAAGGGUAUCAACAGACAACCUAUCAACCUUAAGAUCUACUCGCCGCAUGUGCUCAACUUAACUCUCGUCGAUCUUCCUGGACUCACAAAGGUUCCCAUUGGCGAUCAGCCAACCGAUAUCGAGAAGCAAACCCGUAACCUUAUCUCAGAGUAUAUUGCCAAGCCUAACAGCAUUGUUCUUGCUGUCUCACCUGCCAACGUCGAUAUCGUGAACUCGGAGGCUCUGAAGCUUGCCCGGCAUGUUGAUCCGUUGGGAAGGAGGACGAUUGGUGUGCUCACCAAGGUGGACCUUAUGGAUCACGGUACAAACGCACUGGAUAUCUUGUCUGGCCGUGUCUACCCGUUAAAGCUGGGCUUCAUUGGCGUUGUCAAUCGCUCCCAGCAAGACAUACAGGGUAGCAAGCCCAUGGAGGAAGCCCUCAAGGCCGAAGCGGAGUUCUUCAAGCACCACCCGGCAUAUCGCAAUAUCUCUAGCAGAUGCGGCACCCGCUUCUUGGCCAAGACUCUGAACACGACCCUCAUGGCUCACAUCCGUGAGCGCAUGCCCGAUAUCAAGGCGCGCCUCAACACUCUCAUGGGACAGACUCAACAAGAGCUGGCAAGCUAUGGUGAUAUGCAUUUCAGCGGAAAAGAGCACCGUGGAUCCCUCAUUCUGCAACAGAUGACACGCUUUGCCACCUCCUUUAUCUCUUCGAUUGAUGGUACCUCGACCGAUAUCUCCACCAAAGAACUGUGCGGCGGCGCCCGCAUCUACUAUAUAUUCAACUCGGUCUUUGGCAGUUCUCUUGAGUCCAUUGACCCAACUUCCAACCUUUCAGCGCUUGAUAUUCGGACUGCUAUCCGUAACUCAACCGGUCCCCGCCCCAGUUUGUUUGUGCCAGAAAUGGCAUUUGACCUUCUCGUCAAGCCACAAAUCAAACUCCUCGAAGUUCCUAGUCAGCGGUGUGUCGAGCUUGUUUACGAAGAACUCAUCAAGAUAUGCCACACUUGCGGCUCGACUGAGCUCUCUCGCUUCCCAAGGUUGCAAGCCAAGCUGAUCGAGGUUGUUUCUGAUCUACUGCGUGAGCGGCUGGGACCGACGUCUGGUUACGUCGAAUCCUUGAUUUCGAUCCAACGAGCGUACAUCAACACCAAUCAUCCCAACUUUUUGGGGGCCGCAGCUGCCAUGAGCCAUGUUGUCAGCAACAAGCAAGAGAGAGAGCGAAAGCGCCUUAUCCAAGAAGAGCGAGAAAAGCGGGAGAGAAGACGCCUCAAAGAGCUUGGUACCAAUGGUACUGAGGGACCUGAGGAUGAUGAAACGGAAUCGACAGUCACCGAAAAGGCCGACUCUAAUGCUUUAAGAAAGCAGGCAAGUAAGGGAGCGCGUAGUCUAUCGCCUGGUGUGCGUGAAAACGGGACCACCGGCCUAAACGCGGCGCUCAACGGCGCACGAUCAGCUUCUCCGUCAAGAUUCAACGACAAGGGCUUGGGCGGUGCGCGCGACUCCUUCCUGACUUACUUCUUUGGUAAAGACGGUGCACCUCCUAUCGGUACUUCUCCUUCACCAAACUCGUCCAUUGCUCGACACGUGAGCCAAAGCUCUGAGCCAACGUUUUCACAGAGCAUUCGCCGGACUGAAGACAAGGUGGCGUUGCGCGCACCAGCACAUUCCUCGGCCCGUGAAGAGCCAGAGUUUGGCAAGGCCUCGCAAUCCGUCGAUUACGGGUCUCUAUUCCAGGGUACAGCCAGCGGGGAGCCAGCCAUGACAGAGCGGGAAGCCAUGGAAACGGAGCUCAUCCGGGCACUCAUCUCUUCCUACUUCAAUAUUGUGCGUGAGUCUAUUGCGGACCAAGUCCCAAAGGCCGUCAUGCAUCUACUUGUGAACCACUGCAAGGACGUUGUCCAGAACCGACUUGUCAGUGAGCUAUACAAGGAGGCACUCUUUGAAGAGCUGUUGUACGAAGAUGACGGCGUCAAAAAGGAGCGUGAGAAGUGCGAAAAGCUGCUUCAAACAUACAGGGAGGCGGCUAAGAUCAUUGGUGAAGUGUUAUAGAUAUGUUUUGGAAAAGAGACAGACUCUGGCGGAACCAGCACGUCUUGAUUGCAAUGGCCCUCUCUAUCAUCCUGUCACGCACAUACAAUACACUCUUGUUAGUUUCAAGUACUCGCUAGGCGGUCGAGACGAUGUCUAGAUUGGGUAGGCAUCGCAACAACAAGGCUCAGAAAUGUCUCGAGGAUCGAGGGCAUCAGGGCCAGUGUUUCGUUCUCUAUCCAGGGAUGUUGUUGAAUGGCUUCCCUGCUGUAUGUCAUAGUCGAAUAUGUGUAAUACAAGAACCUCAACAUCGAAAC